AUGAGUUUGAGCCACAUGGAAGAUAUGUCUUUAAGCCAUUCAAGUCCUCAAGGGACACACAGACUAUCCUGGAAGCAAUGGUUGCUCUACUCAACAACAGUUACUUUGCUGUUGAUUUGCUCCUUCAGCACAUUAAUUCUUACUUUUCUUCCAUUCAAGACUGCCAGUGAGCCCUGUGUAGCUAAGUUUGGACCAUUACCUUCAAAAUGGCAAAUAACAUAUCCUAAGCUUCCUUGUGUGAAUAAGACAGCUGAAGAGAAACUGGAGAUACUUCAGAAUGGCUUAUAUCUAAUUUAUGGCCAAGUGGCUCCCAAUACAGCCUACAAGGAACCAGCUCCUUUUGAGGUGCGGCUAUAUAAAAAUGAAGACAUCAUACAAGCUCUAACAAACAACUCUAAAAUUCAAAAUGUAGGAGGGACUUAUGAAUUACAUGCUGGAGAUAUACUAGACUUGAUAUUUAAUGCUGAACAUCAGGUUCUAAAAAAUAGUACAUACUGGGGGAUUUUAUUGCUGGCAAAUCCCCAAUUUAUCUCCUAGACUUGAUUUGGCCUUUGCAUCAUCUUUAGCACAUGCAGAGAUGCUGGUGAGUAUGUUGGAGGAGGCAGAUUUUCAACACCCACAGUUUGAGUACAGAAAUCAACACAAAUGGAAUCCCUUUGCAUGUGACUUUGCAUCUCUCAAGCUUAUCUGAAAAAGACUCAAAAGGCAGCCCAGAGAUAUUCGCUUACGCCUGACAUUGGGUCAGCAAAGAUGCUUUACUAACCCAUGAUAAAUGACUGUGGGUAGCUCAGGGACACAAGCUUCUCGAAGAGUCUUUGUCUACUUCUUGAAUGCUUAGAUGGAAAAAUUGUCUUAUUGUCCUGGGAGACUUACC